AUGUCUGCCGAAGACCCAGCAGUAAACGGCAAAGCGCCCGUUCAGCCUCUCGGCCAUCACGACAGCCACGGACAUUCCGCUCUUGUGAAUGUACAGCCCGCGCGGUUGGCAGACCUUCAACCAAAGUAUGCACAGAGGAUCGAGCAUGAUGCUGAGAAUCCGGAAGCCCAUGGGUGGUAUGCAGGCCUCAUUCAUGGUCUUGGAGAAUUUAUCGGAUGCCUCGGUGCCAUUCCAUGCUGCGUUUGCUGCCCCAACCCUUAUAAGCCUGUCGCUCAAGGUGAGGUUGGUCUUGUGUCGAAGUUUGGACGCUUUGAACGUGCGGUCGACCCCGGCCUCGUUAAAGUAAACCCUCUCAGCGAGCGCUUGACUGCGGUCGAUGUGAAGAUUCAGAUCGUCGAGGUGCCUCGUCAGGUCUGUAUGACUAAGGAUAAUGUCAAUUUGAACCUGACCUCUGUCAUCUACUACCAAAUCAUCUCGCCUCACAAAGCCGCCUUCGGCAUCUCCAACGUACGACAAGCGCUUGUGGAGCGCACCCAGACAACUUUGCGCCACGUCAUUGGAGCAAGAGUGCUGCAGGAUGUGAUUGAACGUCGCGAGGAGAUUGCCCAGUCGACCGCGGAGAUCAUCGAAGAUGUAGCCGCCGGAUGGGGUGUUCAGGUCGAGUCCAUGCUCAUUAAGGAUAUCAUUUUUAGCAAUGAUUUGCAGGAUUCACUUUCGAUGGCGGCUCAGUCCAAGCGGAUUGGUGAGAGUAAGGUUAUUGCUGCUCGUGCUGAGGUUGAAUCGGCCAAAUUGAUGCGACAGGCCGCCGACAUUCUUUCUUCUGCUCCUGCUAUGCAAAUUCGGUACCUCGAGGCAAUGCAAGCCAUGGCCAAGACAGCAAAUAGCAAGGUCAUAUUUUUGCCUGCCAUGAACCAAACCGUACAGCAACAACUUGCUGCCGCCGACAAUGCUGGCGAAGGGCCUAGCCGCUACGGUGCCAGUCAGGUGGACGAGGGGUUCCAGCGUGCUAUGAAUGCACGGGUGGUUGAGGAUAUCUGAAGAAUGAAUUCCCCCAAAUCCUGAAGGAUACGAAAUGACUGCUUGUGAACGUUAUACGGUAAUUUUUAUUGAAGAUUUUCAACUGUGUGUUUUAUACUGAUGAGGCCUGACACAAGCCAUCUCGUGGCUUUCUGUGCCUCCUAAUCUUGCCUCUUCGUUUUCUUUUUCGAAUGGACUGACGAUACCCAUCCUCUUCCCUGUCUUUCCUGUCUUUGUUUGGGUGAAGAUUACUUUUUCCCCUGUGUGUUUAUGCAGACAUAGUUUGCUAUUCAUUGUCAAUAAUUGAAACAUCACUCUCUUUGAGUCUGACCUUUGUCAAGUCCUCAAUGUAAUCCUAGAAAUUCUGAAUAUAUGCGAUUCUGUCUUGAAUGUGUUUUGCAUAUCUAUAUGA